AUGGUAAAUAUAUUUUUUAGCCCUUUGAUGUUGCCGCACAGCAUUACAGGCGAAGAGUUGGCCUUCAUUUUCGGUGCACCACUUGCACCGGCCGGUCCCUUUCCCAGCAAUUCGUAUGGUGCACAGGAAAAGCUGCUCUCCGAGGCCGUCAUGACGUACUGGACGAAUUUUGCAAAAACAGGCAAUCCAAAGGCCCCUUGGAAGGGUAACUUUAUUAAUUUGCAUGCCUUAGAAUGGGACCGCUACGAUCUCGAUUGGCCUGAAUUUAACAAACGUACACAAGCCUACAUGAAUAUUGGCAUACCACCAUCGAUUGGCUACAAGUACCGGCAAAUCUACAUGAAUUUCUGGAACAAAGAGCUACCCGAUGAACUGAAUCAAAUCGCAAACAUACAAAGACAACCUAGUGGAGGUGGCAGCGAAGUAAUAACCGGGCACAUGAGUCAAUUUGGCACACGUGAUAAUGGUGCCGAGGAUCCGGUACGCACACUGAAACUGCUACUCCAGGAGCCAUGGAAAAUGGGUGGCAGCAGUGAGGCAGGCGCCAGCAGUACGAAUGGUGGAGGCGUGGUAGGCGUGGAAACUUUGGCGGAGAAUAUGUAUAAUGCGCCACCGACCUUUGGCGUAGCCAAGCAUGCGGAUGAUGAGCAGCUCUAUGCGUUAACCGCCGCAGGAAAUGCCGCAAGCAUUGGUAGCGCCAGUAGUGCAGGCAACAAAGAGGAAGUUGCCAAAUCAGAGGCGACAAUACAACUGCUCAUCGGACUGAUUGCCGUUUUUAUUGUGCUCAAUGUCAUCAUCUACUCAACCUUCUUGCUGCAGAAGAAGAAGAAGGCGCACAAAAUGCAACGCAAGCUAGGCGGCAUACUCAGCUAUGACGGCACUACCGAUGAUGAGUUCAAGCGCUCAAAGCAAAAUGACGGAGAUGAAAGCUACAUACUGGAUAUUGUACGCAAAUCGAACACAUAUGAAGCGGUGAAAACGGAACGUUCACCCAUCAAUGGUUUUCAAAUGACACGGCAGUUAAGCACAUCGACUGUGGAUGCGCACACAAAGGUAUGCGCUUGGAUGUCGGCUGCCGCAGGUGCCGCCGCGGAGGCGAAGGCAUGUGCCGGUGGUGGUGGUGCCGAUAGUUCCAAGGGUGGUUCAAAGAAAUCAUCAUCGCCCACUUUCUCUUCGCUACGCAGCAGCAGCGCCGGUGGCAGUUUCAAACAGCCAGUGCAGCCACAGAAAGUGAGUGUCGCCGUGGAUGCCACACCACAGACGCGAAGCAGCAGUGUGCUGGAGCAGGAGCCCAUUGAGGCGCUUAAGCUGAAGGCAGAUGGCCGAAAUAUAAUAAUAUGCCAGGAAGUGGAGGUGGUCGAUCAGGAGCUGCUCACGCCACAAAAUUCGCUCGAUAGCUCGCGCUAUACGCUCGUGCGUCAGCAUUCAGCUGCCACCGAGCCGUGCGAGGCAGAAUUACCACAACAGGGGCAAUUGCCGAUAUACAAGCAAACACCGCAGCAUGCGCAUUCGCAUUCCGACCCCGUCGACAUGCAGCACUAUUAUAGCAGCUUAUGCGGCGCCACGACCGAGCAAGAUGAGAAGGUGACCAGCUUUGUGGGCGAGGAUAUAAAUGUGACUAGUCGCGAUGACGACGACGCUGCAGCGCUCGCGCAUGCACUCACACCUGCACAGCAACUGCAAGUUAUUAAAAGUCGUAAUUAUCCAAAAGUUUUACCCACAACGAAAGCAACCACCACAACAACAACCAACGCUGAUGUGAAAUUUCUUGCGAGCGCAGACGAUUCACCACCUAUGACGCUCGAUUUGCGCACCACCAAUAAACGCAAUUCACUGCCGCCCAAUAGUUUUCUGCCACAUUUUGGCAGCACCAUGGGCGGCAGCAUGGGUGCGCGCUACCCGCCGUUGCCGCCACCUCGCACCAUCUCCACACUGGGACGUAAGCCUUCGCAGCGUCGCAACAGCAGCAAUAUUACAACAUCGCCGCUGAUGUUGGCACACGAUUGCACAGCUGAGGAAGAAGAAGAACCGCCAAUUACGCAGAAUACGCUUAUUGUGGGCCCCUUAAUACCACAGCAGAAGCAAAAGAUGUGUGGUGGCGCUUCUGAUGCUAAUUACUCGACGCUUAAGCGAAAUGAGGCAGCCACAACCGACAAAGCUGCGGUGAUCUUUAAUAGCCUGCCAAGUAGUAGAGUGAAAGAUGCAAAGACGACGCAGACAACAACAGCAAUGCAUAGCAUAUCUGGCGCGUCAUUAGCGCCAACCAACACUCAAAUCGGCUCAAAGACGCCUACGAUUACGACAGCAGGUGUUACGGGCGUAACAACAUUCUUAAGUAGCGGCGCUGAUGCUGGCCUACAAAGCUUCGAAAGUCGGCCAAUUUCCUCCGUGGGAGUGGACGAUAAAUUUCAGCAACAACAACAACAACAAAAUGAGAAACAACAACCUACACAUCAUACAGAGCGGGUAUACGCAAUACAACAGCCAGCUACAGCUAAUUUGCUAGCCAUGCAAACAGGAAGCCAGACAGGAACAGCAACAAAUGUGACACCUACCUUAAUUACAGCCCCAGUAAUGAAUUUGACAGGCCAUCAAAAUGUUGAUGUACACAACAAUUUUCCUACUAAGAGGAACAACAGCAACAACAACAGCAAGGGUAUUAAUGCUGACAUCAGUGACAUUUAUGCGCAGCCCAACAAGUCGACCAUUAAAGCAAAAACAAAUUUGACAGCGCCCAAACUGAGUGCGCCGGCUGAGCAAUCGACAAGAACACCAGCAACCAGUGCAAGUAAUCCCUCAACACACCAACAAAAAACAUCUACAAUCGGUGCAAUAGCCGCUUUGGCGCGAUUACCCGGCUACACGACAACAGCCGCUGCAGCACUGAAGCCAAUCGCUACUACCGAUGAGGCAGCAGCAAAAGCAAGUCAAAUGGAAACAGCAACAAAAACGCAGACUACCGAAAUGACAGCCGCCAACCUGGAUGCAACGCAAUUGACAAAUAGUGGCGUCGACAAACAGGUGACAGCUAUGAGUAUGCAAACAAUGGAAUCACUGGCAGCAGAAGCGACAGCAACAGCAACUCCGAUAGCUUUAGCUGCAAACAACACAAAAGCAACGGCCGUGGGAGGAGGAGGAGGAGGCCGAACAGCAACAGCAUUGCCACAUAUGCUUAACAUAGCUGAGGUUGGCAGCUUACAAGCACAAUUAGAUGCCCAAAAACAACAAUCGCAACAACAGCAGCUAAGCAGACUGCUAUCACCAACAUCGACAUCGACUGCCACAGCAAUGGACAAAACAACAACAAUGACAGGGCGCGUUCCACCUGUCAGUUGCAUGUCAACCAUCACAACGGCAACAACAACAACUGGAACAACGACGACAAUAGCAAACGCCAUUGCUGCACAAUUGGCACAAACAAAGCCUUUAAAAGCAGCGCUGGCGGCAAAUAAUUUCAGAGGGGCAGUAGUAGCAUCGCAAACAUCGAUACUUGAUGGCGCUGACAGUGGUGCAGCUAGUGCCGCGCGUGAUUCCUGCCACAGCUCAGUGUCAACGAGUUCAGCUGGCUCUAGUGCGGACUCUACAUGCUCAUCAGCCUCCUCAGGCUCAGCGACAUCUUCCAAUGCUUCAGCGGCAACUGGCACCUCUUCCACUUGCUCGUCAUUAUCGUCCACGGGCACUGUGCGCACGGAAUUGAAACAAAAGACUAAUGGCAGUGGGCGACCAACACAGCUAUAAGAACAACAAUACAACAAUGAAAUGCGCUACCAACAAGCACAAUCACUGCAGGCGGAGAGUAAAGCACUUGAUCAACAACAGCAACAAUAAGAACAAAAAACAAACAAUAACAAUCACACUUUAUACAGGUAAAAAGGUAAACAAUGGAUGGAUGAAUGGUGCAGCGCGCAGCUGAAUUGUGCCGUUGACAACGAUA